GCGACCACCUUAAAUAUCGACACACGUCACGCUCCCUCGGUCGCAGGCGGUCGGAACAGCCUCCAGCCUGUUGGGUCUGAGUCUUCCCUUGCGGCACAAAAUGAUCAGCUUUCCAUCGCCUUUGGGCAUGAUACAACAAGGACAGAGGCCGAAAGUAACCCCACGGUGGUCCAAAUCUCGGGCCAAAGCCCGCUUCCCAGCGCCCCUGGUGCUUCACAGCUUAUGCUCCCCCCGACUGAUCCCCCACUAAAGAGACGGCGUACGAAACGAUCGUCAGACGCGAGUCGAAACUCGACAAGUCCGAUCGAAAGCGCAAUUACACACUCGUAUGUUGUAAUACGCUCGCUGUUGGGUAGAUAUAAUUUCGAAUAUGAGCUCAAAGAGGAAGAGCUGGAAGAAGCCCUUAGACGGGCUGCACGGCUAAUUUGUCGGGAUCCAGGCGAGGUGCUGAGGCCACGACUCCAGGAUUGGCGACGCAACGCAUCACAAGGCUUGCACGCACUCGGCCUGCCACUCGGGUGGAUUGGAGUUGAAGCAGCGUCGGUUUAUAUCAGAACAAUCUGGCAAGAUGUAACCUCCGAUCCAAUCGCCCGGCGCGUUGCACGGAUGCUGCUUGUUCUGAAUUAUGAGGUCAUCAGCCAAAACCCUCAAAAAUAUUGCUCACGCCCUCGAUAUUCGAGGGAAAGGCGGACACAAUGGGCGAUGGAUUGCAUCACUCGCGCCUCCUUGGACAAACCGUCCGGUCAACUUUCCAAGGGUGAGCGCGAUGCUGUUCACGCUUGCUUCCGACAAGGCAGAUGGUUAUGGACGCUGGCGGGAGCGGUCGGCAUGGGUAUUGUGCUAUUGUGUGAUGACGAGAUCAUGGCUGCAAUCAAGGGCAUUAACUUAAUAAAUUGUGAAGUCGAUGCUCUCGCCAUAUGUGCUUUCUACACCCGCCCCGGAACCGUGGAAUUGUUACGUUCGUUGGAGCAGAUGGUAAUACCUCUCAUGCUUGGAGAAAUCCCUGCUCCUUUGGAGGUGGCCCUUCAACCCAAUGGAUCUGGUAUCUUUGGACCGUCUGCAAUGUCCGACAUAAGUACAAAGGACUACGAUGCUCAGCUGGAGCAGCGCGUGACGGAGCCUUGGCCACAACUUGAUCUCGAAUCUGCUGCAUCCCAAAAAAAGGCAAAAUUUCUCAACGAAAUCGUGCAUGAAGGGAUUGACAAACUAUGGACUUGUCAGGCAGAGGACUUGACUUCCUGAAAUUGUCCAAGUCACAAUUGGCGCAUUGAUGGCUUUUAUAUUAUCUUUGCAAUCAUAAUUGACACUCCUGUGAUCUACAGAUCUAACGGUUGGCACCAGACUUGCGUUAAUACUGCCACUGUCAGAUAAGAGACAUCUCCUGGUUGAAAAUAGAAACUGUCCUGAGAUGGAUCCACCUCAGCUUUGACGUCAAACUUGUACGGGCGAAACGGGCGUAACUAUAAUUCCCCCUUU